GUUAAACAUGUGUCACAUUGACAGUUUUGUUAUGGAUUUUAUUUAUACAAAUAUUAUUUUACUUCUUUAUUGUUAAGUUUAGUUUGUUUUCAUGCCUUUGGGAAUAAUUCAGAUAUAUAAAAGAAGCAGAUAAUAUGAUAUCACUGAUUGAAAAGGAUUGAAAUAAUAUGAAAUAUUGUAACAUGUAUAGAUCACUAAAGAACAUGAUACAGAUUUAGUAAUAACAUCCUGCAUGUUAUUUAAUUUAUCAAGAAAAUCAGCCAUUCAACGUGUAGUCUGAUUAAUAUUAAACAAUUAAACGGCCUAACAAUGAUAGAAUCUUCAGCUUGGAAUUCAAGAAAGGAUGAAACCAUAUACAAAGCGGCAGGUGCAAUACAUUUACGCAAAUAUGGAGAAUUUUUUGAGAACUUAGCAGAGAAGACCUGGAAAAAGGAUUCUACGUUGGAAUAUUUCAUAGAAGGCCCUCUUCGACUUGUAUAUAAACCUGUCGAAGAUACCAGUCUGAUUAGUUUGAUAGAAAUGGAAAAUAAGUUCUUAUCAAAAUUACUCGCUGCUGUUGCCGGCACGUGCAGAGAAAUUAGACUCUUGGAAGAGGAAGCUAAGGUUUUUUAUAAAAAACUCUUUACUCAUGGAGAAAGGGGCACAGAGGAUAAUCAUUAUAAUAUUACGUCUCUUCUUUCCGAUUUACAAGAUCUAUUCGUUUUCGUGAAUAGAAUAUCAACGGUGGUACGUUUAACGACCGAACAAUUAUCUAGUCUAUCCGGUGAUUCUAACGAAGUUUAUUUACCCGUAUUAAUUGAACAUUUCAUCAGUCUGUUUACAAUUGUUUUAACAUUGGAUGAAAUUGUUGAAUCUCAACCGUCGCUAUUAGAACAAUGGAAGAAAUACAGAAUGCAUGUACGUUCUGUUACACAUAAUCCGUCGCAAUUUGGUAUAAGCGAAUCGAAGCUGCAUAUGUUUGACAAAUUGCUAAAAGAUUUACAAGAACAUUUAUUGAAGAAGGUUUUGUUUUCCAAAACAAUCGAACAUGUAAUGGAUGUAAGCAAAGGGCCUGUAAUGAGCGAACAGAUUACAAGCUAUUUGAAAAAUUUAAUGUCUGAUAUAGAAAGUAAGACCAACGAUAACAUGGCCGUGAACAAAAAUUGGGUUAGGGUGAACAUUGGUAUUGUCGUAGUUACAAAAUUGUUUGGUACCUGUGAUAAAAGGUUAAUUAAACGAGUGCUCGAAAUUAAUAAGAAGUGUUACGCUGUAACUUUGGUGGGAAACGUUAUGUGGAUUCCGAGCAAAUUUCUAAGUGAUUUCUUGCCAAAGGAAUUUGGUAACGCAGCCAGUUCCCAAGUGGGUGAAAAGAUAUUGGGCUCCAGGACGCAGAAGCUGUCUCAAACUGUAAACCAUUUAAUUCACAGAGCUGUAACAUGGUGCAUGGAAAUGCAAAGUAUCCUCGUGAAGACUGGUCUGCAGGUUUCGGAUAUUGGCCAGAAGCAGUCUUUACUGGUAGACUUGGUCAACCUGUUAUCUCAGAUAAAGGAAAUUAUAUCUUUUAUAAUGAAUAUGCACGCAACUCUUAUUAAACCUAUGAAUCGUAACACCGUUCAAUUGAUAUGUAGGUUAAUAGAAGUUCAAAAAUCCUUGCAGACUAUGUUCUACUUAUUGGGACCAAUAAUAGUGCAAUCGCAAAGCCAGGUGUUGCAAUAUUUGAGUUAUUAUAUCUUAAUUACAUUAGAAACAGCACGGAAAAGUUUAAUUCAAAAAGAUAAAGGUUACAGUAAAGAAAAAUUAGACACGUUGUCACUGAUAGGUUUAAGUAUGAGAUUAUUAAACGGACCGGCUAGUGCGGAUAGAAGAUUAAUAAUCAGAUGCACUCUAGCCUGUGCCGGUCAAUUAACUGAUACUUUUAGAGAAGAAGAUACGAUUAAGUUAAGAUUUUUAUUAGACAAUUAUGAUAUUAUCGCUGAUUUGCAUAAUAUCAUUUCUGAAUUCUGUGAUUAUUCCAUAUUGAUGCAUCAUCAGAAUAUAAUUCCAGCUUAUUUCUCUUUUGUAACGGAUAGAAAUGUAAGCGUCAAUCAUAUUGUUCAUUUAUUCAAUGCAUUUAACAGUACCAUUAGCGAACAAGAGGGAUCAGAUUUAAAGAAUAAAAGAAUCAUGCAAUUAAGAGAAAUGUUAACUAAGAACAUAUUGGAACCUGUUUGUCACGAGAUUGAAACAAAUUUAAGACUUCAUGUUCAUGCGCAUUUAAAGUUGGAUUCUACUAAUCCAUUUAACAUCGGAGCAAAGGAUGGUGGAAGAAUAGUAAGAGCGUUACCACUUCCUCUGGCCAACAGUAUGAUAUACGCCAAACGAUUCGUCGAACACUAUCUUGAUGGUAUGUUUUAUAAUCUUACAACUGUAGCGUUACAUGACUGGAAAACUUACAGAAUGAUGCACGCUCUUGCCUAUUACAAACUGAAUCUUGAUACCGUUCAAAAUCACUUACCUACUCAAACUUUGGAGCAAGGUUUAGAUGCUUUAGAAAUAAUGAGGAAUAUCCACGUGUUUGUAUCAAAGUAUCUGUACAAUUUAAACACGCAAACAUUCAUUGAGCAUACAAGUAACAAUAAACAUUUAAAUACCAUUGGAAUUAGGCACAUAGCGAAUUCAAUUAGAACCCAUGGAACAGGUAUUAUGAGUACAACCGUUAACUUUGUAUAUCAAUUUCUUCGCAUAAAGCUACAUACAUUUUCACAGUUUCUUUUCGACGAGCACAUUAAAUCAAGAUUAAUGAGAGACAUAAGGUUUAUUAAGAAUCAACGAGAGAAUGGAUCAACGCCUUACACAUAUGAGAGAGCAGAAAAAUUUCAAAAAGGAAUCAGAAAAUUGGGCAUGUCGCCCGAUGGUCUGAGUUAUUUGGAUCAAUUCCGGCAGUUGAUCACACAAAUUGGAAAUGCAUUAGGCUACGUAAGAUUAAUUAGAUCCGGUGGACUGCAUGCAAGUUCCAAUGCAAUUUCAUUUCUGCCUGACAUCAACUCGUCGGUACCGUUUGAAUUAAUGUGUAAAAAUUUAAAUUAUAGCACAACGACUCAGGCUGCAGCGAAGUGCUUAGAAAAUGAUAUCGCAAAUUUGGUGAGAAAUUUUACCGAGGGUAUACAGUAUUUCAAGCUUCUCGUUGAUGUGUUCGCUUCUGCGUUUCGCGAUACUGAAUCCCAUCAUCUGCAACAAUUUUAUGCUAUUAUACCACCGUUAACGCUGAGCUUUGUCGAUAACUCGAUAUCGAAUAAAGAGAAAAUGUUUAAAAAAAAUCAAACCGGUGCAGCUUUUACCGAUGAUGGUUUUGCAAUGGGGAUUGCUUACAUAAAUGCUCUUUUAAAUCAGUCAUCAGAAUUGGAUAGUUUGCACUGGUUCAAAACGGUUGAACAGCACCUGAACGCUGAGAAACAGGCUGCGGAGAAUAAAAAUGAUCAUGGUGAUGAAAAAUUGCAACAAACAAGGGCAUUAACUUUGAAACGUAUCGCAGAAAGAACUGCUGAGUUUCAGUUACUGUAUUACAGUUUAUCUGGAGCUAGAGUGUUCUUCAAACAGUCUGAUAUAUAGUAUUGUAAUAAAAUGCAAUAUUAAAUUGAUUAAGUUUGUUAAGAUUGUUAAAUAUUCUUUUUUGUUCCAUAUUUUUUAAUCGCUAUUGUAUA